AUGAAUUUGAAGAAGUUUUGUGCGUGCGUCUGUUGUGGUGAUCGCCUUACUCCGAGCUGUCGACGCUCUCUGAAGGGAAAAUGUAUUCGACUUUUUGAUGCUGCACGUUUGUUUCCAACUUCUCUGCCGGCUGAUGGCUACAUUUGUACGAAAUGCCGUUUUAUGUUUAAUCAAUGGACAGCUCUACCAGAAUUUUGCGAUGCGCUGACCACCAUCAAUAAUAAUCAUCAAGCAGAAAAUUCCGUCACUAAUGUGCUCAGUGACGAAAAUGAAGACAAUGGCACUGAUCAGCUGAUUGAUGAUACAUCAAGUGUGGCUGAUUCGAUGGACGAUGGAUCUAUUCGUGUUCAAGCAGCGAAUGCAUCAUCCAGUGAUAGCGAAUCGAUCUAUGAUUCAACUGCCACUAGUGAUCAAGUAGACGAUGAAGAAUUUAAUUCGGAUGAAAGUAGCGAAGCAAUGGAUACAAUCCCCUCAGAUGAAAAUAUCGAUGAACAAAGUAUCGAGGUUCCAAUUGAAGUUUCGGUCUUUUCAAAAAUGUAG